CCGCGAUAUAUUUCAAAACCGUCCACCCUUUCUGCCUACUUCAUACUGGAUCCUGGAGGAACUCCUCUUUCUUACUACUUGUUCAUCUUCACCCUUCAUCGCUGUUACCAAAUUUGUAGACGCAAGUUCGUCCAGAACUCUAAUCAGCAGCGUGAUUGCCUUAUCGAACCUUACGCCUUGGACCAUUCCGUCGCGCCCCUUCUUAUUACACGGCAACCCCUCCCAACCCAGAGCCUCUUCUUCUACCUCUUCAUAUUCAAUACACACACGCUUCUAAAUUUACCUGACUGUCUGUACCUCGGAUACAUCAUCGAGUACAUAGCAUCGCGUGCUUCACCAAAUCGACCCCAUCGAACUCGACUACCACCAUACCGACAAAGGCUGCUCAAGACGUCACAUCAUUCGCUUGCAGCUUGAUGAUAGAUCCUGUCUAGUCAAACUCAUCUCGAACUCGAUCGCUCCAGAGCGAUCCAGAAAUACCGUCACAAUGGUCUUCUGCGCAUACUGCGGGAAGUCCUUCACCAGGAAGGAACAUCUGGAGAGACAUAUCCCAAGCCAUACCAACGUAAAGCCACACCGCUGCAGUGCCUGCCAGCUUUCUUUUGCACGAAGAGAUCUUCUGCAAAGACAUCACUCAACAUACCAUGAGGCGCGGGACCCCAUGGAGCCAUUGCCUGGCGGCGUUCCCACAGUAGCGGGCCGGACACCAAUCGCUUGCCAAAAUUGCGCAAACGCAAAGACCGGCUGUGAUAAGAGAGUACCUUGCUCGCGUUGCGCAGAGAAGAACCUGCCUUGCGCAGCAAGAUUCGCUCGGAGAUCGUCAAAGGCCGCAGUCAGAGCUGCCCAAGCCAGCGCGGCUUUCCAACAGCAAAUGAUGCCGACUGUGCCCCAACCGCCACAGCCAGCUCAGCCUGUCGCCUUCAUGGACCUUGAUCCAACUAUGCCUAAGCAAGACUCACCUGGCAAGAUGUCAACUGGAUCUCCAAUCGCGACCAUGGACCCUCGCAUGAUGGAGGGCCCUGUGAAGAAGAGCUCACCAGCACAGUCGCACCCCAGUUCCGAUGACCUCCCAUCACCGCACAGCCGCGUAGAUGGACUCGACGAGUUUAUGCAGCUCAAUAGCGAUUUCAUCACGCCCGACACGAACUACCAAGAUAUGAUGGUCUGGCCUGAAUAUCCUCUGGAGCUCGAUAUGUACUCCAGUCAGCUACCGAUGUCGCGGCCCGACAUGUCGAUGCCUAGCUUCACAGAACUGAGCGACAUGUCUUCAAGCUCAGCAUCAGAGGCGAUGACUGCCUCGUCUUCGCGAGGAUCAAUCCACACCCGAAGUACCAGCAUCAUGUCCACAGCUGACUUUGACACCACAAUGAAGCCAGCUGAGCAAGCAUUGGGUAUGCCGAACGAAUCAGCGAUCCCAGAGUUCGAAGUGGUUAUUGCCGCGGAGGACUCAUGGCCGCUCGCUCGAUGCAAUCCCCCCAUCUAUUCCGGCACUUGCCCGAGAACGGCAAUCGUGCACUUAGAAUGCUUGGAGAGAAAGUCCAAGGAAGAUGGUACCUGGAGCUCGCUCGAGAAGUACCUAGAGAACGUCGACUGGGAUACCACCGAUGCCUCCGUCGUCCCUCUCACAUCUCGCACUCGCGACCGCAUGCUGGCCAUUACGCAGUCGUUCCUCCAAAAAGCGUUGGAUAUUCACCGAAGCGGACUUAACAACGGGUACUCCAAGACCGGCUACGCCACACCCAGCGAAUUCAACUUCAUCGUUCUGCCACCCACGAAGAUUCUCGAAUACUUCCUCCGCAGCUACGUUCGCAGCUUGCAGUACUACUAUCCCCUCAUUGUCGCAGGCUGCGUUGACCCCAACGAGAUGUUGCUGAACAACCAGGCAUCGACACUGCUACUCCUGUUGAUGAUCGCGCAAGGCGCUGCGGCAGUGCCGAUGGCGGAGGCGCGGUACCUUGCUGCUGGUCUUACAGAAACCUGUCGCAUCUCACUCUUCGAUAUCAUAGAGAAGGAUGUCGAGCUGUCUGCGGACCCCGUCGCCUUGAGGUGUGCGCUGCUCUUUACCCUCCAAGGUGCUUGGAGUGGUGACAAGUGGUUGAUGGACAUCUCGAUGGGUCAACGGGGAAUGUACUUGUCGAUGCUCAAACACGCCGGCAUGUUGGAGCCUCAACCAUCAAUGAUUCCUACGUUGAACAGCACGACAAGCACCGAGCUUCAAUGGCGGGCUUGGUUGCAUCGCGAGAUGCAGAACAGGCUCGUUUACAACUGGGUCAUGUGCGACCAAGAGCUCAGCCUGUUCCAUGAUACCCCGCCACAGCUGGCCAUCACCGACCUGCAAUGCCCGCUCCCCAGCCCCGAGGCUCUUUGGCUUGCGUCCAACUCGGAGCAAUGGUUCGCAAACGUCCAGAAUCUCUACGGCUGCACUGCGAAUGUCAACCCGCAGCUUCUGUCUAGCCCUUCCCUCACUCCCUCUCUUUGCGAGCUUUUCCAGGACUUUCUCCACGACAACCUCUCCCGCCGCCAAGCUGGCCUGUCUCCUCAACAGCUUCGCCUUCUCCUUCACCCCCUCCAGUCCCUUCUCUGCCACCUCAGGCAAAUGCUCUCUUGCUUCCCCGAUGUUCUCUCCACCCGUCGCGCGACUUCAAGGACCGUGACCAAGUCGAGCACCAUGCUCCGCCUGGAAGAGGUUCAAGCACUUCUGCAGAAGUGGUACGAGCUCACCAUGGUGUACUACAAGAGCAACCCCAACUGCACGACUACGCGCUGCAACCUGGUUCUCUAUCACCUCAUCUCCCUCAACGCCGUCACCAACUUCCCAGAGAUCGAGCGUCUUGCCCGCCGCGACGGCUUCGACGGGUCCUACUGGGAGUUGAGCCUGCGCCACAAGCGCUGUGUCUACAACCGCGAGGAGGCCGUCUUCCACUGCGGCCAGGUCAUGCGUCUCCUGCGCUCUAUGCCCGCCGACCGCCGCCCUUGCUGGUGGGCCGCCGGUGUAUACCGCGCGACUCUCAUCCUCUGGGCCGACAGCGUCGCACGCCUCGACCCCAACUUCCAAAAGGCCCAGCAGGCUCAGCAGCAGUCCUCGUCACCGUCUUCUCAGCACCAGGGUCAAAGUCCCGAGCAUCUUAGCGGCGCUGGCGCCGCUAAUGCUGCCGCGGGCGGACAGCACGGCAGCGCAAAUGUCGUCGCGAUUGACCAGGUCACACCGGAAGACCCGUCCGUCAUCUCCUACCUGUGGAGCGGGGGCGACGGAAUCGCCAUCCUCACCCGCCGCGACGGCACCACCCUGGGCCUGGACAAGCCUGCGGAGGUCAUCAACUACGGCAUCAUCGCCAUUGAAGAAGGCGUCACCUGCCGUGUCGGCGAUGGUAUCAGGCGCAAACUCAUCACUCUCAACAACAACUGGAACGUGGAUGGCCUUGCCAAUACGGCCACCGCGUAAGAGGUCAUUAGCCUCGUCCAUUCUCUGAACAUCCUUUCAACCACAAAAAGUAUCUUUUAUCUUCUCACUAUGUUGUUUCCCUCAUACACUUGGAUAUAUGGCUCUUGUUGAUAACCGUCCUUACACUGUACAAUUUUCUCUUUGCAUUUCUUCACUCGGCGUUUAUGGGUUAUGAUGAUGGGUACAUUGGGGGAGAACGCAUGAACAUGACGGAUGAAGACACGUCCUUCAUCGACGAAUUGGGAAAUACGUACGAGGUCACUGGCGUUCUGCAAACAAAGCAGCGAUCAGCCUGAUGAGCUUUGGCGUACAUUUUUCUUGCUUUCCAUAUGAUUUCGUCCAUUAUCUAGAUACCUCAGGCCAUUGGUCAUGACAGGGAGGGCCUUCACUUCUUAGCGACAUGUAUUUUAGUCACUUUUACAAAUUACAAGCUUUAACUUGGAG